AUGGAUUCAAGUGUUCAACAUUUAAUUUUAGUAUAUAAAAUUAAAGUCAUACUAUAAUAAUGGAUAACACCGAAGGUAAAUGGCCUGAACACGUAGGCAUACUUGCCUUAGAGAUAGUAGUACCAUCUAGAUGUGUGAACCAGGCUGACCUUGAGCUACACGAUGAUGUAUCUAAAGGCAAGUAUACAAUCGGUUUGGGUCAAGAGCGCAUGGCAUUUUGUUCUGACCGUGAAGAUGUCGUCUCACUGUCUCUAACUGCAGUAAGUUUGUUGAUGCACCGUACAAGAACAAGUUAUUCAAAUAUUGGAAGACUCGAAGUGGGAACUGAAACACCGAUAGACAAGUCCAAAAGUAUCAAAUCCAUGUUGAUGCGUUUAUUUGACAACUGUAACAAUGUUGAAGGUGUAGAUUCGACCAAUGCAUGUUAUGGAGGUACCGCUGCCCUUUUCAACUCAAUAGCAUGGUUGGAGUCCAGUGCUUGGGAUGGACGGCUUGCUAUUGUUGUUGCUGCAGACGUUGCAACAUAUGCUCGUGGUACAGCAAGGCCAACAGGUGGUGCUGGCGCAGUGGCAAUGCUACUAGGACCCAAUGCACCCUUGGUGUUAGAUAGAGGACUGAGAGCUUCACACAUGAACGACACAUAUGACUUUUAYAAAGGAGAUAUGGGCACAAAUUAUCCAACAGUGGAUGGAAAAGUAUCAAUCCGGUGUUAUUUUGAAGCGCUUUACAACUGCUAUUAUUUGUACCGAAAUAGGUUUUUGAAGAAAUUCUCUGAUACAGACAACAGCAAUUCUAAUAAUCAGAGCCCUAAAAGUGUAUUGCAACAGUUUGAUGCCAUCGUGUUUCAUUCACCAUAUGGAAAACUAGUAAGGAAAGCGUUUACCUGGUUAAUGCUUCAUGACGUGAAGUUAGAUGCUAAAUGUUAUGAGAAUGAACCUGAUCUGUUGAAAUAUGUAAACUCAGAUAUCAGUGUCAAUAUGUUAUCUGAUUUGGGCAUUAUAAAGGAUACAGAAAAACUGUUUAAAAAACUUACUUCGCCAACUCAAAAAUUACCAAAAAAUAUUGGAAACAUGUACACAGCAUCUAUAUUUAGUGGACUAAUUUCCUACUUACUUAGUAAAUCUACCAAUGAAAUGGCUGGGAAACGAAUAGCAAUGUUUUCAUUUGGUUCUGGAAUGUGUUCUUCAUUUUAUUCAAUUACUAUACGCCCAGGAGCAAAACUAGAAUCCCUUAUUAAUUUAUUGCAACAUAUUCCUGUGAUGUUGGAAAAUAGACAAUGCACAUCGACUGUUGAAUUUGAAAAUACACUAACAAACCGAGAGUUAGCUUACAACAAAGUUAUUUAGUUGAGAAAUCAGUGCUGCAGUCAUGCUGAGGUCAGUUCAUCACACCAGGGUUCCACAGUUCAGGCAUAAAUAGUAAAUAAAAGAGAUUCUACAUAAAUAUAUGUAUUUCCUUAAUAUUGUAAAACUGAUACA